AGAAUGGGUGUCCAUCUUUGGUCCUCAGUUUCUGACUCCUUAUCCUCUUUCAACAAAAUCCCAUCUCUCCCUUUCAUCUUCUUCAUUCACUCUUUUAUCAUCACCGAUCUUCACUCCCUAAACUCAUAUAUAUUUCAUCUCAAAUAUGUACAUCUGAAUCCAGUUUUCAUGUUCCAAUUAUCACAUGAAUGCAUCUAUACCGUCGCCUGUAGCACAAAAUAUGUCCUGUUUGCUCCCUCAAUUCAAGUGCUUGCCGGAUUCUUUCUCCAUCCCAUUCAAAACCCACAAUCAUCAUUCAAACCUCUCAAAAUGCAGAGAGCCUACUGUUUCCCCGACUCAGUGCAUUUUAUCAACUACAGCGCCACCUGUAUCAGCAGAAUCUACAGUUCUUAGUUUAGAGAAGCUACAUCUGUCAUCUUUAGAACUUCAUUCAAAUUCAGGUACUGCCGACAGACAGUGGUUAUCAUCAUCGUCAUCCUCGUCAUCAACUGGAGUGCUUGAUAUCGAAAAUUUCAAGCUACCAUCUUUAGACUCUCAUACAAAUUCGAUAACUGGGAGCAGACCAUGGGCCUAUAAAGGAACAGCGUUGCCAUCAGAAUUUACCACAAAAGAAUAUACCGAUGCAGCCGCUGAAGCAGUUGCUUUAGCAAAGGCUGCAGUAGAAGUUGCCAAGAGUGCAGCAACAAUGGCGAUGAACAUGAACCAUCUACAGCCCAAACCAUUAGAUAUUAAAGAAGAACCUAAAUUAUCUGAACCAGAUAAUUCAAUAAAUGGGCUCGGGCCACAGGUCUCAGAAGAAAUGGAACCAACAAUGGAAGAACUUAAGCUUCUAGAAGAACAACUAUCGGCUAACAUAGCUGUGAGAUCAAAACGUCAAGUGGAACGGAAAGAAAGGAGGAUUAGGGCAGCAGAACGGGCGGAAGCUGGUAGUCUGUCUGUGAAAACUGCAGGCGGCAGAGGGCGGGGUGCCGGCGGUACUGUGGCGGUGAAACCUGGAGUGAGCAGAAGACGCGCCGAGAAAAAAGACGUUUUGGCGUUUUUGGGAGGAAUGACUAAUGCCAAGCUUUUAACUGCUGCUGAGGAAGUAGAACUUUCUAAAGGGAUACAGGACUUAUUGAAAUUGCAAGAAGUGCACAAAGAGCUGGAGACCCGUUUUGGGGUCCCACCCACUUUUGCAGAAUGGGCUACUGCUGCAGGCAUUGAUCAGGUACAGUUAGGGAGACGUUUGCAUUAUGGUGAAGAAUGCAGGGACAAAAUGGUCAGAAGCAAUAUUCGACUCGUUAUUUCUGUUGCAAGAAGUUAUUAUGGAACAAAGGUCCAUCUUCAGGAUAUUGUUCAGGAAGGAAUCCGAGGCCUGGUGAAAAGUGCAGAGAAAUUUGAUGCUUCAAAGGGUUUUAAGUUUUCAACAUACGCUCAUUGGUGGAUAAGGCAAGCUGUCCAAAGGUCACGUGCUGAACAGAGCAGGAUAAUUCACGUUCCCUAUUAUAUGGUGGAGGUGCAAUCUAAGGUGAAUGAGGCCAGACAACGAUUGGAUAAGCAGCUUGGAAGAAAACCGACUCGUGCAGAAAUUGCAGUGGAAACGGGCAUCUCCAUUAAAAGGAUUCAAUCUGCUGAACAUGCCCCUAAACCAGCCCGAUCUAUUGAUAUUCCUGUUGGGUUCGAUAACAAGACCAAACUCACGGACCUUAUUGACGAUCCUGACCAAGAGACGCCUGAGGAGAUAUUGAUAAAACAAACAAUGUCUGAGGACCUAGAGAAGGUGUUGGGUACAUUAAACGAAAAAGAGCAAAAAGUGAUUAGGUGGCGAUUCGGGUUAGAAGAUGGAAAAACCCGAACAUUGCAAGAGAUUGGCGAUGUAAUGGGCGUGAGCCGUGAACGGGUUAGACAAAUUGAAUUGUAUGCGUUUCGCAAGUUAAGAAACACAGAUAGAACAGAGAUUUUACGCCAAUACCUGCCUCAAUAAGUCACGCUAUCAGGAAUCACUAUGGGAAUAGUAAUGAUAGUUGAUCGAAUGGGAAUGGGUAUGGGUAUGGGUAUGCGUAUGGGUAUGAAAGGUAGAAUAUGUAUAUGCAAAUGUGUACAGGGAAAUCUUAUGCAGUGAAGGUGAUCGGGUCGGGUUAAGUGAUGGUUUUCCCUUCACCCGAACCAUGACCUUGUUGCGAGACGAGUAACUAUACAGGCUAUUGCAAGACUUUUUUUUUUCUUUUCUUAUUAUUGAUCUUUUUUAGCCAUGUCAAUGUUUGGUUCUUUAUUCGUGCAUACAAGGGAAAUGAUUUAAUU